UCAGCUACUUAUAGUAGGACUGCGGCGGGCAUUCUGACACUGGGGGGAACUGACUUGGUGUCACUGACAUCCCCAGUGGCACCAAUACAGUGAGCAGUGACACUUUAUUAAGGGCAAUGGGCAGGAAAGGGUUAACAUGAGGGGCGAUCAAAGGGUUAACUGUGUGAUUUGUGUCUGUGUGCUUCACUGUAAGCACACUGCUUUGGAUGGCUGUGCUGUGCACAGCCAUCCAAAGCAGUAUGCACGAGCUGACAGGGAGAAUUGUUUUGUUUACAAACAGUUCUCCCCCCAGUUGGAGAUGCUCGGCAAU